GACAAAUAUAUAAUGAUAACACACAGUUUUAAUCCCAGACACUUAACCAUCGGUUUCAUAUACAAGCCGUAAUUCUCGUUUGUCAAUAUCGUAUACGUCAGUCGCGUGACUAUUUAUCAGUGGAUCACGCGACGUCGGAUCAGUGGGCGGAUUUCUCACCUAAAUAACGACAGUGAGGAGAGAAGAAGAGGAGACACAUUUCCACAGGAUGGCUGGUACAGUAUACAACCCUCAAGUGCCGUACAUCGGCGGGAUACCAGGGGGAGUCCAUGAUGGCACUCAGAUCAAUAUCCAAGGCACACCAUCUCAUCACCACCAUCAGAACAUGUUUACUAUUAACUUAAAGUGUGGAGCAAGCCUUGAUCCUACUGUGAACACUGCCCUGCAUUUCAACGUUCGUUUCAACGAGGGUUGCGUUGUACGAAACACCUGCCAACAUGGGUCUUGGGGCGCCGAGGAAAAGCACGGCGGGAACCCCUUCCAGCAUGGCGUCCCAUUCGACAUAUCACUUCACAUUAAGCACAACCAUAUCAAGAUAUCUGUGAACGGACGCCAUUUUUGUGACUUUAACCACCGGAUCCAGAUGCGCCAUAUCAACACGCUCCACCUUGACGGGGGUGUGGGAAUAUCGUCCAUCAGUUUCGGGGGUCAUGGAGGUCAUGGGGGUCAUGGGGGUCACGGGGGUCACGGCCAGCACCAUGGACACGGGGGUGGUUUCCCGCAGCCGGGUUUCCCGCAGCCGGGCUACCCGCCAGCAGGCGCCUCUUUCGCCCCUCAAGGCAGUGUAGUUGCCCCAGGACAACCCCUGUAUAAUCCACCUGUCCCCUUGACGACAUCGAUUCCUGGUGGAAUGAAACCUGGACACAUGGUGUGCAUCAGUGGUAUCCCACAUAGUGUCUGUCAGAGAUUCACCAUCAACCUCCAGUGCGGCCCAAUGACUGGCGAGGACAUUGCCCUUCACUUUGACGUUAGGAUGCAGCUUCCAGGAAAUACCAACCAGAUCGUCCGGAACUCGUGCAUCAAUGGAGGAUGGGGUGGGGAGGAGCGACAAGUUCCAUACUUUCCUUUCCAGCCUAAUGCAAACUUCGACGUCAUGAUACUCUCCGAGCAGGGCAAGUUCAAGGUUGCCGUAAAUAAUCAACACCUCGCGGAGUUCCACCAUCGCCUGCGACCAUUGAACCGUGUCAAUACCCUCAACAUUUCCGGUGACGUCAGACUCACCCAAUUACAAGUAAGCAGUAUCAACAUACGAAGACAGCAAUUCACAAGACAAAAACAGAAACCUGUCAUACUUCAAGACAAGUAUUACUGCAGUCAAGUUCUGAUUAUCAGACUCGCAACCAUGCAUUUCAGUGUGGACGGGUUCUCUUUUGAUUCAGUUUUGAAAAGUGUUUCUAAGGUAACAGAUAAAAUCGUUAAAUCUGCAACCAAUGCCUCUGGAUCAUUCUGUCACGUGACUAAUCCUAAACUCCCGUACGUCGGCGCCCUGCCAAACAAAUCGUGCUCAGGUACAUGUAUUGUGGUGCGAGGUAUGACCAAGAUAAAUGGAGAUUUUUCAAUAAAUCUUCAAUGUGGAUCAGCUGGUACGGAUGACAUUGCAUUUCAUUUCAACGUGCGAUCCAGUCAAAAAAGUGUUGUUCGGAAUAGCCGGCUGAGCAGAGACUGGGGAAAUGAAGAAAGACAGGGCGGAUACCCGUUUAAAGCAAAUGACAUGUUUGAAUUGGAUUUCAUUAUCAGCAGGACACAUAUUAAGGUAAAACUAGACCAGUCCAGUUUCUGUGACUUCAUACACCGUAUUGACCUGGAGAAGAUCACCACAUUGGCGAUCACAGGAGAGGUGGCUAUCCAUUAUGUCGGAUUUCACCAUAGACCUACGUUUGAUGGCAGUAACUCCGACCACGAUAUAGAAGUGUCGGACUCCAACUUCAUGAAAUCAGAGCCAUCGAUUGCUGGAGAACUGUCGUGUCAACAGCAACCAAAGGGAGGCUAUCCACAACCAGUCGGAAGCCAACAGCAACCAAAGGGAGGCUAUCCACAACCAGUCGGAAGCCAACAGCAACAAAAGGGAGGCUAUCCACAAUCAGUCGGAAGCCAACAGCAAUCUCCAGGUGGCUUUCCUCAACCAACAGGAAGUCAACCAUUUCCUGAAGGUGCCUAUCCACAAUCCGCCGGAAGUCCCCCACAUCCAGCAGGUGGUUAUCCACAAGCCAUAUAUCCUGCUGGUGCUUAUUCUCAACCCAUUGGAAAUCCUCAACAGCCUGCUGGUGGUUAUCCACAAGCGCUCGGAAAUCAACCAUAUCCGGCAGGUGUUUAUCCUCAACCCGCCGGCAAUCCUCAACAGCCUGCCGGUGCUUAUCCUCAACCCAUUGGCAAUCCUCAACAGCCUGCCGGUGCUUAUCCUCAACCCAUUGACAAUCCUCAACAGCCUGCCGGUGCUUAUCCUCAACCUAUUGGCAAUCCCCAACAGUCUGCUGGUGGUUUUCCACCAGCAGCCGGAAGUCAGCGAUACCCGGCAGGUGGUUAUCCGCAACCAGUUGGCGGUCAUGAUCAGCAACGAACAGGUCCGAGUCCUCAAAGUGGGAAUCAACAGCUGCCAAAUCCGUUGAAUAUGCCCAUCCCUGGGGAUAUGACUGCAGGAAGGAUAGUGACCAUCAGCGGGACCCCUCGUACGGGAUGUAAGAGAUUCACCAUAAACUUAGAGUGUGUCAAAACGGCAAUAAAGGACAUCGCUUUCCACAUAGAUGUCAGGAUGCAGCGCCUGGGACACUCCCAUCAGGUGAUUCGGAACUCCUGCAUUAGAGGAAGAUGGGGUGAUGAGGAGAAACAUGUUCCUUACUUCCCUUUCCAAGCUAAUGCAAGCUUCGACAUCACGAUUUUGUCUGAACACGACAUGUUCAAGGUUGCCGUCAAUAACCAGCAUUUCACGGAAUUCUACCAUCGAAUGCUGAAAUUGGACCGUAUCAAUGUAAUCAACAUUUCCGGUGACGUGCAGCUCACUAAAAUUAGCUUCCAGUGAGUGGAGGACAAUGGCAGAUUGUUUCUACUAUGUAAUGAUGGAUCGAGAGGCCGCAUUUUCAGGAAGUGUGCUUUGAGACGGACGUGUAACAAGCCCAUUUUAAAAGCCAAAGUAUGCACUCCAUUCAUACUUGGAGAAUCUUCCUGUAUCUCUUUUUCCCAACCUACCUCGGCAGUUGUCAAGCACGCUAGAUUGAAUUGUAUCCCAUGCAUAUCUGGUGCAACAUACGAGUAUGAAAUUCUGUCCAUAACUAAUAUAUAGUAAUAUGAAAAAUCCCAAGCAUAUGCCUCCGUUUUGUAAGUAUAUAUUACUAUCAUUAUUGAUUAUUGACAAGACUCCAUUGAGUGCACAGUCUCGUGUCGUCCUAGCGUUCAGGUCUCUAUUUGAUGAGCAUGGUACACAAUAUAUUACGCACUUUAUUGAAAUUGGUUUCCUGCUUUAUUAUUUUUCUAA